AUGUCAACUCUCACACCGGAAGCUCUCGGUGCCCUGCUUCAAGGGCUCGGCACGGAUCCCAUCCCUACCAGGGCUUGCCCUAUACCUGCAUACUCGGCCGACCCGUCGACAUCUACCGCCACGUUGACCAACGGCGAUCUGACGAUACCAGUACCACGUUUGCGUCACAAGGGAAAGAAGUCGCCAGCCGACCAAUGUGCCGACUUCGCCGCAAAUUUUCCGCCUGGUCAUCCACUCUUCCAAAUUCCCAACGCCGCUGGGAUCCAUCUACCCAUUUUCUUCACUUCAAAUUCUCUCCAUCGGCUUAUUCUCCCCUUCGUCUUCCAACGUCAGAGAUCGUACGGACACGAUCUGCAGGCUGGCCUCCAUGACCCUUCGGCAGGCCGCUCCGGUCGCAAGCGGGUUAUCGUCGAGUUCUCGUCGCCCAACAUCGCCAAGGAGUUUCACGCCGGACAUCUGCGGAGCACCAUCAUCGGCGCCUUCAUCUCAAACCUACACGAGAAAAUGGGAUGGGAUGUAAUUAAGCUCAACUACCUUGGAGAUUGGGGCAAGCAGCUUGGCCUCUUGGCUGUUGGCUGGCAGCGUUUCGGUUCAGAGGAGGAGCUAGCCCGCCAGCCACUUACACAUCUGCUUGACGUCUAUGCCCAAAUCAACGCCCAGUUCAAGCCUGAACAAGACGAGAGCAAGAAGGCCCGCGACGAGGGCCGUGAUACCAGCGAAAUCGAGUCCCGUGGCAUCUUCGCCGAGCGCAAUGCCUACUUCCGUCGCAUGGAAGAUGGUGAUCCAGAGGCCCUGGCGCUUUGGUGGCGCUUUCGUGACAUCAGCAUCGAGAGAUACACGUCGACCUAUACACGCCUCAACAUCGCCUUUGACGAAUAUUCCGGCGAAUCUCAGGUGAAGAGCUCCACUGUCGACGAGGUCGAGCGCGAUUUAAAGGACAAGGGGGUAUACGAAGAGCAUAAUGGGUCGUGGGUUAUAGAUUUCAAGAAGCACAAUGCCAAGCCGCUCCACAUUGCCGUCGUCCGCGGGCGCACCGGCAGCACCACAUAUCUACUGCGGGACGUGGCGGCCGUGUUGGAGAGGGAGAAAAAAUACGGCUUCGACAAGAUGAUCUACGUCCUCAUCGGACGCCCCGACCUUGCUGCUCGCCUGCAGCAUGUGAGCUUUGGCAAAGUCAUCGGUAUGUCCUCACGGCUAGGUAACGUGAAACUACUUGGAGACAUUAUUGAUCAGACCGGAGCAGCCAUGCACGAGGUGAUGCGCCGCAAUGCCGCCAAGUACGCGCAGGUGCAGGACCCCGAAUCUGUUUCCGACAUUGUCGGCAUAUCCGCCGUCAUGGUGCAGGAUAUGUCCGGUAAGCGAGUCAACAAUUACCCAGUCGAUAUCGCACACAUGACAUCGUUUGAGGGGAAUACGGGAACAUAUCUUCAGUACUGCCACGCCCGACUGAAUUCCACAUUGCGCAAAGCCGGACUUGCGCAAGAGGACAUUGCCAAAUAUAUCCAGGACCAUCCAACCACACUCGACAACGGGACGGAAAAGAGACACUGCGUAGACUUGCUGCGUCUGAUGUCGCAGUAUCCAGACGUAACCGCAACAGCUUUACGAAACCUUGAGCCAAGCACUAUCCUUACCUACCUAUUCCGACUGGCACAUCAGUUCUCGUCGUCCUACGACGUAGUACAAGUUAUAGGAACAAAUGAGGGGCGUUAUAUUAUGCUCGGCCGAGCUGCACUCUAUGAAGGCGCCCGCCAAGUCUUGGAAAAUGGCAUGAAGUUACUAGGAAUUACUCCCGUGGAGAGGUGA